GCCCGACCCCGGAGAGCGGCGGCCGCCCUGGGACCCGCUGCCCGCGCGGCGCCCAGACCUGGUGCGGGACCGGAGGGGCAGGAGCGCAGCCCGGACCAGCGAGCACAGCCCGCUUCUGAAAAGCGUAUUCGUUCACAAUGGGAAACCAUGUGGGAAAGCGAGAGUUAAAUGCUGAGAAAGCCAGUAAGGAUGGUGAUGCCAAUAGAGGAGAAUCAGAAAAAAAGAAGAACCUUCGAGAACUUCCCCAGGAGACCUCAGAAGACAAUGACGUAUUUGGAGAGGCAGAUGUGAAGCAGUACAAUGGGACCCCCUCUAAGGACACAGCGGUGACAGACCCCAGUCACACAGCGGACCCAAAGAAUGCCUGGCAGGAGGCCAGCCCAGCUGACCCAGUGAGCCGCCCCCACUUGAUCCGCCUCUUUUCCCGAGAUGCCCCAGGCAGAGAGGACAACACCUUCAAAGACAGGCCCUCGGAGUCAGACGAGCUUCAGACCAUCCAGGAAGACAGCGCAGUAGCCGAGGGCUUGGAUGUGAUGGCGUCACAAAAGCGGUCCUCCCAGAGGCACGGAUCAAAGUACCUGGCCACAGCAAGUACCAUGGACCAUGCAAGGCAUGGCUUCCUCCCGAGGCCCAGGGACACGGGCUUCCUCGACUCGCUGGGGCGGUUCUUUGCCGGUGACAGGGCUGCGCCCAAGAGGGGCUCCGGCAAGGUACCCUGGCUAAAGCAGAGUGGGAGCUCUCUGCCCUCCUCUCCCCGCAGCCCACCCGGGCUGUGCAACUUGUACAAGCCGGUGCUUACGGUUAAUCCAUCCCUGCAGAGGAGGCAGCAGCCACCUGCAGACCCAAGGUGCCUGUCCAGUAAGCAGCGCAUCACGAAGCUGCAACCCCAGCUGUCGUCAUACUAAGAGAACAAGCCCAGGGACUCUCUCCUUUCUGAGAAGGAGGUUUGCUUACUUUGACAGUCUUCCUCCAGAAGUCCUGGGUCCUUCUUCAUCCCUGACAGUGGCCAUGAUCACUAGAGAGCAAACUUGCUCCCCCAGCCUCAAGAAUGGCUGGCAAGGACGGGACUGACUUCGAGGAUUUAAACGCACUGGUAGGUCCAGGACUCAGUGACCAAAGGCUUGCACCACAGGCAUGUGAGGGGGAGAGCAGAUGAGAAGCCACAGCCUCGAGUAGCUCAAGGGUGAGGGCCUGUGGGGUCAGGCACGUGUCCAGAACCCAACUUCCUCCCCACGGCCUGGACACCCCCAUGGGUACUGGCCAGGCCAGCUGACAACGCUCUCUCUCUGAUGGCCACAGCACCUUCCUGCUCUCUGUCAGGGUAAAAUCCAAGGCAACAUGUGAAAGAAUAAUCAAUUCCAAUGCAGUUGUUGGGACUUCCGGAACCAGACUCCAGGCUGGGAAUUCCUAGAUUCCACAAGACUCCACGUCUUUCUAAGGACUCGUAUAACACCGGUUUAUAUGAGGAACACAGCAUGACCGGAGGUGGGUGGGUCUAGGUGAACACAGUAGACGAUGAAGUAAGAUUUGAGAACACAAACAUAAGCUGGAAACGCAAGAAUUCCAAGGGAGGAAGAAGGAACGGAGUGCACGAUGGGAGAACAGGCAGGUGCUUUUUCCUUAUGUUUUCUCUUCUGUCUGAUGCCACCUCCCCUCCUUGUCAAGCCCAUGAGGGCAGGGACCUUGCCUCUCUUGGUCUGACCCUUGUACAGUGCCCUACACAAAGCAAGCACCUCUAAACAUGCUGGGGGAAUCAGCACACAGCCCUCGAUUCCUGCAGGAAAUGAGAGGAGCCGGGAGGAGGAGCAGGGGGCGGAUGCAAGGACACGACAGGUGACCAUGGAAGCGUCCCCACAUUCACAAAGUCAACCUCCGCGUUCCGGACUCUGGAGACAAACAAUGAACAGCAGGGGAAUGCUUUGUGAUAAUGUCCAUCCAAACACUAAUGAAUUAAUGUCCGUUCAUGGAUUAGGCUGAGAACUGUCACCCUGACACCAGUGCUUGCCUUUGGGCCAGCGGCUUUUCUGUUCCUGGUUCGCAUUCAACUACUAAUUGAGAAGUGGGUGGUUUGACCCCACCCUGUGGUGCCAUGGAAGAAAGGCCUGGUGAUCUGCUUCUGUAAUGAUUACAGCCAAGAAAACCCUAUGCUAUGGAGCACAGUUCUGUUCUGCACACACAGGGCCACCAUGAGUCAGAAUCAACUCCACAGCCAUGGUUAUUAAUAAAUUAAUGUCCAACACUUCUUUUUCUUCAGAAAGUCCUUAAUGCUCCAGUUAAGGAGGCAGUGGUAGAAUUCUCCUCUUUCACGCGGCAGACCCAGGUUUAAUUCCCGGUCAACAUACCUCAUGCACGGCCACCACCCAUCUGUCAGUGGAGGGUUGCAUGUUGUUGUGAUGCUGAACAGGUUUCAGGGGAGCUUCCAGACUAAGACAGACUAGGAAGAAAGGCCUGGUAAUCUGCUUCUGAAAGUCAGCCAAAGAAAAUCACAACACUUGGAUCCACAACCCAUCAUGGGGUGGCACUGGACCAGGCAGCAUUUAGUUCCGUUGUGCAUGUGGUUGCCAUGAGUCUGGGGAGACUUGAGCACAGCAGCUAACAAAAACAACAACAAGGCUUCAGCUAUCUGCAGGUGGGUUAGAAGCUCCUCCCUCGGCCUCCUGCCCAUCAGUGAGUGCUGACAGCAUUUGCUAAAAGACCCUGCUUCUGAACCCAACUCUUCCCACAGCAUCAUUGGAGUUUCAAGAGUCACAAAUAUUUGAUAAUCAAAAAUACACGUUUCAGUCCAGACUGUACCACUUCAUGGUGACGUGUCUUUGGGCCAGUCGUGCCCCGUCUCUGAGCGUGGUUUCCUUGCAUGUAAAACAACAGCAGCAGCAGAAAUAACCAUCUGUCCUGCCAACACGUAAAAUUUGCGUGAACACACAGGAAAAGAGAUGCACAUUUCUUCACUAACGGAUGCCUUGGGCGACACGGGUAUGAUCACGUCUCCUGCCUCCAUGCUGCAUGAAGCUGUUCUAGAAAAGCCUAGGGUAGCUGCUGUAAAGAGCUGCACCUACACCUGGAAGAUCUGGUUCCAGGCUCCCCUGACACAAGCACUGGCCUUUCGGCCAGUGGCUUCUCUGCUCUUGGGCCUCAAUGUCCCCAGCCCCAAAAUGGACGUGUCAGAUCAAAUGAUAGCAAAUAUUUCUCCGAAGACUAGGGUCCUACUGCAUCUUUCAGUCUCAGGGGAGACCUCACAUCCACUGUGAUGACACCUCAGGCCCUACCCAGGGGUCGUGAGGAAAGCGACUGGGUGUAAGUUACGCCUGUUAGUUCUUGUUCUGCUCAGGAAAGAGAGAAAAUCUCAUCGUCCCCCGCACCAGCCCAGCAUCACUCACCGGGAAGACUACAUAGUCUGUCUGCAUGCUGCUUCUCCAGGUUUCAGAAACCCAGUGUCUUCAGUAAAUGCUCUGACCAAGCCUGAAUGAUUCUAAUGGCUGUGCUCUGAGCCCAUUAGCCUCCAGCAGGAAGGACCCAAAGUGGGACCCUCUCUUUGGAGAUGGGUGGCUGCCCCGCUGUCUUCGGACCUGGCCUCUCCCUUACACUGCCCCCGUGAGGCUGUUCCCUACCGCACCUAGACCAUGGGCUCACAGCCUUUCUUUGCUAGAAAGCCUGUUGCUGCUUUGCUAUUCCAUCCAAACAGAAUUUUCCAGAACCCACUCCUGGAUACCCGUCUUCUGCUGCAAGUGCACAACUGAAUCCCCAAACCAAGAAAAAGGCAUUCUGGUAGCCACUGUUUUGGCUUAUGCAUCUUGUGUAACGUUCGCUUAAUAUCUACGCUAACGAAAGACUUCUACCCAUUGCAGGCACUGAGGUCUUAAAAGAUGGGAGCUUGGGGGCAAAGAAAAGAAAUCAGAAUGGUCAAGUCCAGCACCCAAGACUGCUCCCAGCUAUUUUUUUAAGAAACAGCCACAAAGUCCCAGAACUCAGCAUUGGAGAACAGCCGGACUAGACUUGAGCUCCUAUCCAUCAGCUCCAAGUGGUGCAAGUCAGUGGGACAGCAUGCGCUCCCCGGGAGAAGACACCCGAGGGCCAUUGUGCUGUGUGGGUCCUGUAGCUGCUGAGACCAGGCAUGGGGCUGUGCGAGUGGCUUCCUGACAGAGCAUCUUCUGCACAGUGACUGCAGAGAGCAGGCUCUGCAUCAUGGGGCUCACCCAAGACAAGGGGAAAAGAUGUACCAACGGUGACUUAGCAGGUGUGGGAGCAGUGUUCAGCUCAGAGGUGCCUUGCCCACCUCCACUGCCCCCCUUCCUGAUGGAAAACCCUUACAGGGAGCAGUGGCUGGGAACCAUGCACCAGGGUACUUCCCCUUGGAGGCUGAAUUCCAGAUCAGAAAAUACAGUCACGUGGAAGAGCCUGCUCAGUGCUGGGGGCCCUGGGUGCACACCCUGCCUUCUGCUAGUCUCUGCGAGAGGCCUCAGACCCUGACCUGACGUCGCCACCAAGUGGGGGCAAGUGGCCCCUCCAAAGGAGGCUUAGAUCCUUCAUUCCCUCGCUUCAGGGAGAAACAUGGUGGAGAGGAGAACAGAAACCGGAUGUGCUCCCAAAACACGCCUCGUUUGGCAGCGUCCAGAUCACAGCCUCAGCUACUUGGUUUCCUGAAGUAGAAUCUCCCAUGCUUGGACAUGGAGCCCUUUAAAGGUGGGGGAAAAGAACAACCCCACCUGAGGAGAAGGCCAGGGGUGAUCUCAGACUAACGCAGGACCCUCUAUCCCCAGGGCCCCGCCACACCCCAUAUUAGCAUUUCCAAUUUUUUUAUGCCCAGGAGAAAUGUAUUUGCACAACAGUCACCAGGUAACCCAACAUUUCCAUUUAGAUCAAAGUUUUGUCUGUGCAUCCCAGCAGUAUAAAGAAAAGCCUGUUGUUGAUAUAACACAGCUUUCUAUAAAGGAAGAAAGAGCCACUGGCUUUAAUUAAACUCAUUCAAGUCAGUAAAUCAAGAACAAACAUAUUCUUAAGCUCUGCAAAGGGAAAAACACAGGAAAAACAGCAUCUAUCAUUGAGACAGAAAAGAAUUCUCUCCAGAUUGCAAAAUGUAAACUGGCCCGACCUUGUGGGGAAGAACCCAGCCCUCUCUCCCGAGGCACAGUAGGAGCCCUUUGCCCAGAAGUAGCGUCAUUGUUUCUUCUGAGAAACACAUCAACAAAACUUGGUGAUGGUGAAAGGCAGCAAGAGAGAGCAGCGUUGUCCAGGGGUCCCCGGGGGUUGGGGAUGAUGGGAGAAAGAAUGUGACUCAGACGAUAUAUCCUGGGCCUGAUUUGAAAGGGAGAAAGAUCACAACUCACACAAUUUACAGUCAGACAUGCCAUUUAAUCAGCAAACAGGUGAGCUUUGAUGCACGCGUUCUGCUCAAUUACAUUCACUUUAUUGGCACCGAGUUCGGCUACAAGGCUAGUUGCCAUGGGCAUAAAGAUGCCCCAAUCUUCCCUUCAGAUGGCUUACAGACCAGGACGGCAGACAGACAGACAGGCUUAUUGUGUACCUAUCUGUCUCUCACACCCGUAUUUAGGUGGGAAAUACAUGUGCCAGUCAAGGUAGGAGAGCCAUUUGAUAGAAUGGAGGGAGGUGUUCAUGCCACUGCCCCUUUCGGGAAAUCUGUGAGGAGGCUAUAUCAUUUACACAAAGUUUCAAGGGGUGUGAAGGAUUGUUUAAGCAGUGAAGCAAGGGAAGGGGUGGGAAAAGUGAGUCCCUUUCAUAGUGAACUGUAUUACAGGACUCAAUUUAGCAAUGAUGUAUUAGAAGGAGUGCUUGGGUGGUGCAAACAGUUAAUAUGCUCAGCUGUGAACCAGAAAGUUGGAGGUUCAAGUCCACCUAAAGGUGCCUUGGAAGAAAGGCCUGGCGAUCUGCUUCUGAAAAAUCAGUCAUUGAAAACCCUAUGGAGUACAGUUCUACUCUGACACACAUGGGGAAGCCAUGAGUUGGCUCAAUGACUACUGAGAAAAAAAUGGAUAAAGAAUACUACAGUCAUAUCUGCAAAAGCCAGAACCAGCGAAAGGUGGAAACCCACCAAAUCGAGCAAUAGAAAAGUGACAAGGCUGCACCCUGUCAAAAGCAGGAAACUUGCGAGACCCAGAAAAACAAGGCAGUCCCAUUGAGUUCCAGCUCUCGCAGGUUUCACUGUAUAUUGGAAAAGAAUAUGUUAUUAUUACUGUCACAAGAAAAAAACAUGUACUCCAAAUCUUACUCAGUUGUUCUUUCUUGUCUUUGGCAGUUCAGAAAACGACACACCUUUAUUGUCUUGGUCUCAAACAGGCUAAAUACAUAAAGCUCUUAGCUCCUGCUAUCUGAUUGUCUUGAGAAUGCCACAAGAAUCAAAGAUUUCCCAGUGGUGGGGAGAUGGGGGGAAGCAAAAUGCAAAUUUCUUUACUCUCAUGCUCCGUCUGCCUGGGAAACCUGAAUGAACAGCAGGAGUUGUUCAGGCUACAUUGUGGAUAUAUGCAAAAAAAUUAAGCGGCAUUCAACCUGCAAGCUAAAGGAAUAAGUGUCGGAAGGUAUAAGUUUGUCUGUGUUUAGUCAAUUGAACAAAAUAGAAAGAUCCAGACAAAAUAGUCUGUUGUGUCAGGUAUAACUUUCCCACUGAAAGCAGGAACUGACCAGACCCUAGUUUUAAAUGAGUUAAUAAGCCAGCAUCCUUAAAAAUGAUCAGGGAAUGGAAAAACCUCAGCUCAUUGACAAUAAAAAACAUUGACUAGGUUUGCAUUUGUUGUGUCUAACUAUCAGUAUUUACCAAAUAGCUGGGAGUAGUUUGGUGGCAUUGAGCAGCACUUACCACCUUUCCAAUUCCCUAGGUACUAACUGACAUACUGAACUGACUCCAUCUACAGACACUUGUUCCCUUUUCUCAUGUAACAGCACAUUUUUAUGGCUCAUAGCUUCACAACGUAAGGUAAGUCUACAAACUUUGUAAAGAAAACACCACGUAGUUUUCUAAAGUCCACUCUCGCCUACCUUGUCCUUGUGUCAUGUGCUGGCCGCUGAGUUUCUCUGUCUGCUGCUGAGAUCCAGGUCUGGAGUGUGACGGUUGUCCAGUGUCCAGUAGACAAGCGUCCUGCGGGGCAGUGCACCCCUAGGGAUAGAGCACUGUGCUAAAUGUUAGGGAACUCACCCCUUUUCAGCCUUCAUUUACACAUCUGGAAAAUGGGGCUUUGCGUAGAGCAAGGCUGAGUAGCAUGUCUGGUCUACAGGCAAUGUAGAAAACAUAAUAGCACAUACACACCAGAUUUUAAAAGCAAGUAGAAGCUCUUUCUUUACUACUUUCCUUUUUUCCUUUUGGAGAUGUAAGGAGAAAUACAUGUCCCCGGAAAUUGGAUGAUUUUUGGUUAAGUAAACGCCAACACGAAAAUUGUCACUGCUUUUAGCCACGGGAAUAUUAACAUCUGGACACACUUGAGAUGGGUCAGCAAAGGGACAUCUUUCUAAUGGGUUGUCGAGAACAAGUUAGGCUGACUUUGUGCGGCCGUGGGGCAGCCUCAGGGCACCUCCUCCAGGGCACUUCCACCAGGGCUGUGUGCUGACGUCAUGUGGCCAAGCACCAACAGGUCUUGGUCUCUGCUUAAGUCUUGCUAAGUCUCUGUAGUAGAAGACCAGGAGGUCAGUGGUGGGCUGAGGUGGGGAAAGCCUGGUGUGAGGGACACCUACCAGGUAACCUCCAUGAGAAUGUACGAUUUCAGGUUCACAAAGGGCAGAGGUUUCCCAAUAGCAACUGCACAUAGAGAUAACUCACUGUUUUCCGUCAUGAAGAAAAGAUGACACAGGUGUUGUCAAGACUCAGCUAUCAGAGGUACAACGUAUUUGAAGGAUCAAGCUCCCAAAAACUAGUAUGUAGUAAAAUACACUGAAAGUAGAGAAACAAAAUAUAUUUUGUUAAUAUAAAAAUGUUAAUAUAUGUUAUGUUAAUAUCAAUGUUGGAGACCCUGGGUGCUGCAAAGGGUUGACGCACUCUGCCGCUAACCGAAAGGUUAGAGGUUCAAGUCCAUCCAGAGAUACCUCAGGAGAAAGUCCUGGCAAUCUGCUUCCAAAAUAAAUCAGCCAUUAAAAAUCCUAUGAAGCAGAGUUCUACUCUGACACACAUGGGGGCACCAUGAGUCGGAAUCAACUCAACAGCAACUGGCAUGGAAUGGCAUUUAAUGUUCAUAUAUGUGGUGAUGAUGUUUUGUUGAAUUAUGUGAUCUGGAGGGAAGCCAGAGCCUCUUGACUGGUAUUUAUAGGAUUUUAUGAUAUUUUGCAACAUGCCUCAAGCCUUUUUCACCAUUAUGAACACUCUUGGUCAUUAGGGGUGGAGGUGUAGACAAGCAAGGUAUUGGAGUUGUGGUUUUAAAGUUACGGAACAGAGUUGGCUCUGUAAUUCUCUGGGAUAAAAGAAACCAUAUAUUCUGUACAUGGGCAAUCUUCCAGUUAGCUUUAUUGGUGCUUACUUAUCCAAUGUUUUGUUAUUAUUCUGUGACUGCUCCCUUGCACCCAGCCAAUAUCACUCAUCCAGAAGAGAAAAGCAAGUAAGCUGAAGUGGGGAGAGAGAAGGGAGAGAGCCCAGGUCUCGUUGGGCCGGGUGUGACCCAGCAUGGAGCUCACAGACUGGACUCGGGGUCCAGGCACUGGCGGACACAGGCAGGUCCCAGACCAUGUGGUCACCAUGAUUUCAAUAGUGAACAUUCUAGAUGGCUGAUUCAGGAAAUGGUUUAAAUUCCUCUCUCAGGCAAGAAAUAAAGUGAGAGCUACCAAAAAAACCAAACCCAUUGCCAUCAAGUCAAUUUCGGCUCAUAGUGACCUACAGAACAGAGUAGAACUGCCCCAUAGAAUUUCCAAGGAGUGACUGGUGGAUUCGAACUGCCAUCCUUUUGUUUAGCAGCUGUAAGGGUUAGUACAUUUUUGUUUCCUAACCACAAAAAUCUCAGGCACGGUGGAUAUUCAUUCUAUCCAGAUACAGCAUUUUCUCUGACAGCAAAUGGUCCCAUCCGUUAAUCAAAUCUAAAUGCAAAUGAUGGUGGAGACAAACACCUCGUCCCUCUCUUCAUAAAACAGCCCCAUUGUGUAUUCAGCAGGGUGAGUCUUUACCCCAAUGAUGGUCUUGAUCUUCAGAUAUGUCGGGCAAAGACCUAGCUCCUAUUUCCAAGUCUAAGGACUUUCAGCUCUUCUAGACAAUUUUUUUUUUUUCUAAACCUUAGAGGGCCUUGUAAAACUUAUAAACCCCUCCUGGUGGCUGAAGAAGCAACGUGUAAAGGGGGGCGGAUUAUCCAAUAGGCAAGGUAAGCACGGUGCUUACCUUGCUUACCAGAUCGUCUGUAGUGAACAAUUUCACAUUUUUUCACCACAUCGAAGUUUCUGUUUCUAGGUAUGGCUGAGAUCUCUCUUCCAGCCUCAUAGCACCUUCCUACAGAAUCAAAGCCUCUUUUCAAAUUUGCAAUCACCGACAGGGGCAGUUGACCCAGUAAGGGAGGUAAGCACAGGUUUACUUGUGCUUACUUAAUCUGUAAUAAACAAUUUCACAUGGAACCAUGUGAAAUUAAUUGUUCACUACAGAUUAGUAGAUAAGCACAAGUAAGCCAGUGGUCACCUUGCGUAUUGGAUAACCUGCCUCUGCAUGUAAACCAUAUAUAAGGGCUCCCCUUGCUGGUGAAGAACAUCAUCACAGGUUGAAGGAAAAUAAGUUCCAAACCCAAAAACCCAGUGCCGUUGAGUCGAUUCCAACUCAUAGUGACUCUAUUAAGUUACACAAUAACGAACAGUACAUUGGAACAGAUUCAUACAAACCCAAACCAAACCCUCUGCCGUCGAGUCUAUUCCGACUCAUAGCAAGCCUAUAGGACAGAAUAGAACUGCCCCGUAGAGUUUCCAAGGAGUGCCUGGUGGAUUUGAACUGCUGUAGCACUUAACCACUACGCCACCAGGGUUUCCAGGUUCACAUGGAGGGAGCAAUUUAUUUUAAAGGUAAAUGAAGCGAUCACCUUUUAACCCAAGCUCCUCCUACCAUGGUGCUUAAAUUGAGAAAAAUGGUUUGUUUGUUUAUUUGUUUUAAUUAAGAAAAAAUGUGCUUUUGUGGAGGAAAAAAAAAAGAAAAGUUAGGGGAACAAAAUAGUAUGCAUGGUCUGAUCACCUUGAAGGCAUAUGCGUGUUUCUCCAUCUUUGUUCAUGCAUCAAGUCACAUCUAAAACAGUGUUCUUCAAAAUGUCAGCCAAAGUCAUCCCUAGGUGGCAGAAUUUCUUCUAUAAACUUUUCUAUUUAGCCAGUAUUUUCUAUAAAAAGAAUGUAUUAUUUUUCAAAACAUUCGGAAGCUUUCAUUUAAAAAUAUUAAAACUUCUUUUUUCCCCACAUUUCACUUGUCCCAAAUAUUCGGUUCCAAAUAAACCAGCCAAAUCUUGUGUACAAAUGUCCUACCUCACCCAGUGGAGGUGGGGUAGGCUCCAUGACCUCCAGCCCCUUUCCCCCACAGUGUGGCGGGGCCAGGGCCAGUCUGCCUGCAUCUCAGCUCUUACCUGGUGGUAAGUAAGGCAUGAGAGAAUGCCUAAAUACCGCACCCCGUAAAUUGUAAAAUACAGCAAACAAACCAAAGAGCCCCACUAGUUUUCAGGUAUGCUGACUAACAUUUCCCAUUAACACCCCACCUGUUCCUCAUGGAAGCUCCCAGAUCUGCAUCCUAGCAUUGAAUCGAGGUGCAGGAGUACAUAGUGACAAGGCCAGGGGCCAGGCCUGGACGAGUGGCUGAAGGGCUGGCAGCUGGCGUGAGGGCGGGAGGUGGCCAGGUCAGUCAUCCAGAAGGGACAAGGGCCUUCCCGACCAUGGCCGAGGCUGCCCUCCUCCUCCAGGAACUGGACUCCAACACCUAGACUUACUGCACGUGCUUGACCAGCACUUCCUCAGGAGAGGGCUUGACCUGUUACUCCACUGCGAAUCUCAAAACCUCUAACGCUGUCCAGUAGGUGGACCUUCAAAAUGACACGUGCUGGUAUUCACAGCGUGAAAUGGUCAUUGCAAGCUGUUGAGGGAAGGAGAGAUGGGAGCUGAAGACAUCUUUUCUGUCUGAGUAAUGGGAGGCAGCCGGAGAUGUGGAGGCCAGAGCAGAUGAGCCUUCCUUGUCUUCUCAGUCCCUGGUGGUGGGUACUGUCGCCAUGACAACAAAGGAUGCCAUUCUCAGCUUUUUCUCCUGUGCCUCACUGCCACCCUUUAGGGAUACAGAACCAGACCUGGAGUCUUAGGAAACACCCUGAGAUAUAACCUCACUGGGUAAUUGCCUUCCAUUUCCCGCCUUCUAUUCAAAGGUGGCCUCUUAGUAAAGUUUAGAGCUGAAAAGUCUCUUAGUAAUUCUCUGUUUCAAUAUCCAUGUUUUACACCUGAGGCACCAGAAUCCCUGCCCACGAAGGGACCUGCUCCAGGCCAUGCAGAUGGUUAGCGUGAAACCCAGGCAGGAUGGAGUCUUCCGGCUUCAGAGGGCUGCCGGAGAACCUGGGCUUUUUUGUUCCUUUGUUCGUUUUAUAUUUACUGAGUUCCAUUGUGUGGGUCUAACUGCCCAAACGUUUGGAGAUAAGGUAGACUUUGGUGUGUGUUUGGGAGAUGGGGUCCUCCAAAAGACUCAAGCCUAGCUGAAAAAACAAGAUGUUCGCGGAAAGGUAAAACAGACAAUCCAACACCAGGAGGUGCCACGUGGUUCAAAAAUACAGACAUACUUGGUGUCAGGGACGGUCUAAACCAAAGCUCAGCUGUGGAAAUGAGAUGUGUGUACUUAGAGAGCAGACAAGGCUUACAUAUACAGAGAUUUCAGACCAGGAAAUUCAAGAAUGAUAUGUUUCCAUGCACUCAAUUUUUGGGUACAUAAUGAUACCAAAAAAAACCAUUGCCAUCAAGUUGAUUCUAACUCAUGGUAAUCCUAUAAUGAUAGGCCAUAUUGAAUGACUUCAUCUAAUUUUAUAGAGCCCUGACGGCACAGUGGUUAAGACCACAGCUGCUAAUCAAAAUGUUGGCAGUUUGAAUAUACCAGCCACUUCCUACGGGGGAAGUUCUACUCUGUCCUAUACGGUUGCUAUGAGUUGGAAUUGACUCACCGGCAACGGGUUUAGGUUUUUUGGUUUUAUUUUAUAAAAUAACAUACAGUAAAAUGGAUUCUUUUGGUGUACUGCUUUAUGAAUUUUAACACUUGUAUAGAUUCGUGUCACUACCAUCAAAAUAAGGAUGCUCACCCCAAAAAACUCCAUCCUGCUAUACCUUUGUAGUCACAUACACCCCGAAUAUUCCUCACCCCUGGCAACCUAGUGACCUGGCCUUCUCACUAGAGCUUAGUCUUUCUGAGAAUGUCAUGUAAGUGGAAUCAUGCAGUAUGACACCUUUUCAGGCUGGACUCUUACUCAGCAUAAUGUUUUUGAGAUUCCUUUGAGUUGAGGCAUGCAUAAUUGUACUCCUUUUUAUUGCUGAGUAGCACUUCAUGGUAUGCAGAUACCACGGUUUGUUUAUCUAUUCACCUGUUGAAGAACAUUUGGGUUGUUUGCAGUUUUUAGUGAUUAGGUAAAGGGCUGCUGUACACAUUCAUGUGCAGGUUUUUGUGUGAACGUAAGUUUUUAUCUCAGAUUUAAAGUACUUUUCCCUCCAAAUAUUGGUGACCAAUAUUCAUUAUAAAUAUCACUUCCAAUGAUACAUAAUUUUUCUUUUAUCUUCCAAAGCAGGGAGUGGGGUUGCUAGGUUAUAUGGUGGGUAUAUGGUUAACUUGGUAAAAAAAUUAUUUUAUGGAGUGGCUAUACAAUUUUGGAUUCCCAUCAGCUAUGUAUGAGAGUCCCAGUUGCUCCACAUCCUUGCCAGGACUUGGUAUUGUCAAUUUUUUUUUUUUUUUUUAGCCAUUCUUAUAAGUAUAUAGUAGUAUCCGAACACGGUUUUGAUUUGCAUUCCCCUAAUAACUGAUAACGUUGAACAUCUUUUCCUGUUCUUAUUUUCCUUUCAUUUGUCCUCUUUGAUGAAGUAUCUGUUCAAGCGUUUUGUCCAUUUCUUUCACUGGGUUGUUUGGUUCCUUACUAGUGAGUUUUGAGAGUCCUUUCAAUAUUCUGCUUUCGGGUCCUUUGUUGGAUAUAAUUUGGAAAUAGUUUCUCCCGGCUUGUCUUUCAUGGUCUUAACAAUGUCAUUUGCAGGGCAAAAAAUUUGAAUUUUGAUUAAGUCCAGUUUAUCAAUUUUUUUCUUUUUAUGGAUGGUGUUUUGGUGUCAUGUCUAAGAAUCUGUGGCCUAACCAGGUCAUGAAGAUUUUCUCCUACAUUUUCUUCUAAAAGCUUUAUACUUUUACUUUGUAGGUAGAGAUUUAUGACCCAUUUUGAGUAAUUUUUGUAUAAGGUGUGAAUUUGGG